GCGGGCGGCGGCGGCGGCGGCGGCGGCGCGCCUCUCUCCUGCUUCAUCUGCGGCGGCGGCAUCGGGCGCGGCAAGGAGCUGAAGCUGCAGGUGAAGCAGCCGGCGGCGGGCGUGGGGGCCCCGGCGCAGCCCUUCUUCCCGUUCCUGCAGCAGCAGGAGCCGGCGCCCGGCGCGCGCGAGCUGUCCCCGGCCGACGGCUGCGUGCUGGUGUGCGCCGUGUGCCGAUGCUUCUUGGGCGAGCAGUGGGCCGCCUUCGAGCGCGCCCGCACGCCCGUGGACAAGCGCAUGUACUGGCUCAAGCGGCCCCACCAGUGCGACGCGGGUGCGGGCGGACGCCGCGGGGGUGCCGGGGCCCCCCGCGAGUGGAACGUCGCCUACGCGCUGGGCGCUGCGGCCGGCGACGAAGACGACGACGACGGUGGCAGCGGCGGUGGCCCCGGGCCCCGCGCGGCCGCUGAGGAGCCUCGAGACUCAGAGCUGUCGGAGCUGUCGGACACCGACCCCCUCUCCGAGCCCGACCCUGCCGCGCGCGACGCCGCCAGUCCCCACCAGCACGGGGCGCCGGCGGCUCGGGCUGCCCCGGGGCCCGGGCCUCGCGGGGGCCGCUGCCCGGAGUGGAGGCUGGCGCCGGGCCCUUCUCCCGGACAGGGCGCAGAGACCACCGCAGCGGGGGACGUGGAAAAGGAGGAGGUCCCCUCGAAGCUCCGAGUGGACGGGGAGCCCAAGGCGGCCAUCCGGCGCCGGCGGAAGGGCCAUGGGAGGCACUGGGUCCCGGGGGCCCGGGCCAGCGUCCUGAGGGGCAUUCAGGACCCUUGGCAAGGGCCUGCAGUCCAGGUGGCCCCUGCAGAGAGCAUGAGAGGAGCCCCUUCCGGCAGGGCCGCCAAGACUCCUGAGAGCAGGCCGCUGGGGGAGACCCGCGGGGGCUGCUGCGUGUCUGAGGACAGUGACGUCAACAUCACCAGUGAGGAGGAGGGCCACCAGGAAGAGCCUUCCUCAGGCCCCCGUGGCCCCGGAGACACAGAAAACGGUGGCGGCCGCGUGCCCCGAGCUCCCCUGGAGAGCCGGGCCGCACCACCAGAGGGCCUUUGCUGCUACAUCUGCGGGUCGGCGCUGUCCCCGGCCUCGCAGCACCAGAUCCACGUGCAGAAGCAGGAGAAGCUGGCCCAGGCCCCUUUCUUCCCCUUCCUGUGGCUGCACAGCCCACCCCCGGGAGCACAGCCCAUCAGCGAGGGCGGCAGCACCCUGGUGUGCCCCUGCUGCUUCUCGUCCCUCAUGCAGCAGUGGCAGAGCUUCGAGCUGGCCGAUGUGCCCGUCCUGCAGAGGCUCUACGUGGUGCCCCUGAACAGCCACGCCCCCGGCAUGGCCUCCAAGGGCAGGAGGCUCCAGAGGGAAGAGGGCCCACCCGCCGGGGCCCUGCCAGAGGCGUGCUACCUCUGCGGGGAGGACUGUACCCAGGAUGCCCGGGCAGUAGCCUCCAGGAUGCUCAAUGGCAACACCAGGGGCUCCAUGCAUUUCCCCUUCCUCAGCCUCCUGCCCUGCCCCCCCAAUGCCCAGGGCCCCAACAAGCGCUGUGAGGUCCGCAGCUGCCCCAAGUGCUUCAGCGUCCUGGAGGACGUCUGGGCCCUGUACCGGGCCUGCCAGAACGAGGAGCUCAUCACCUCCGUGCAGGGCUUCCUGGGCAGGUACCACCAGGCUUUCUCGGCCUCAGACCCUGCUCUCUCCGAGCCGCCCGCGUCGGCCCAGGGCAGCCCGGCGUCCAUCUGCUACAUCUGCGGGGCUGAGCUGGGCCCUGGGAAGGAGUUCCAGCUCAACGUGAACCCUUCCAGCCGCUUGGGCGAGAAAGAGCCCUUCUUUCCCUUCCUCACCGUCUAUCCGCCCGCCCCGCGCGCCAGGCCUGCCGACUCCACUGGCCUGGUGGCCACCUGCGUGCUUUGCUACCACGACCUGCUGGGCCAGUGGCUGCAGCACGAGGCCCGCGGCACCCAGCAUGCCGUCAGCCCCUGGUCUCGGCAGUACCAAGUGGAGACGUUCGUGUGCUUCUUCUGCCGGCAGGAGAAGAAGCGGUGUCUCGGGCUGAAGGCCAUGCGGGUCGCCCGGCUGCCCUUGUUUCUCUACACCCUGCGAGCGAGCCACAGCCUCUUAGUGGACGAUGGCCGGCAGCUGAUAAUCGGCGCCUGCACAGAGUGCGGGACCCUGGUGUGUGCUGGCCAAGGGCUCACCCGCCAGGGACCCAUGGGCUGGAGCUCCCCAGUGGCAGCUGCGAGGAAGGUCACCUCUGCAUCUCUCGAGGCAUCGACGGCCGUCCACCCUCCCUCCCGGGAGCCCGAGCCUCGGCCAGGCGCCCCAGCGGAGAGCCUGCCCAGGGGCCCCAGGACCGCCCAGGAGCAGGGGCCAGCCCGGUGUCAGCAGAGCAGCCUGGACGGGGCCGGACCGGACCUCACGGGCACAGGGUCUUCACUGAGCAGUGAGUCGUCCCCCGUCUCCUCUCCGGCCACCAACCACAGCUCUCCAGCCAGCACGCCCAAGCGCGUGCCCAUGGGCCCCAUCAUCGUCCCCCCCGGGGGCCACAGCGUCCCUAGCACGCCCCCCGUGGUGACCAUCGCCCCCACCAAGACCGUCAAUGGCGUGUGGAGGAGCGAGAGCCGGCAGCAAGACGCUGGCUCUCGGGGCAGUGGCAGCGGUCGGGAACGCCUCAUCGUGGAGGCCCCGCUGCCCCAGGAGAAGGCAGGGGGCCCGGCCAUCCCCUCCCACCUGCUCAGCACCCCCUACCCUUUUGGCAUCUCCCCCAGCUCGGUGGUGCAGGACUCCCGCUUUCCUCCGCUGAACCUCCAGCGGCCCGUGCACCACGUGGUGCCCCCCAGCACGGUGACGGAGGACUACCUGCGGAGCUUCCGGCCCUACCACACCGCUGAGGACCUCCGCGUGUCCUCCCUGCCUCCCCUGGGCCUGGACCCGGCCACCGCCGCGGCCUACUACCACCCCAGCUACCUGGCCCCGCACCCUUUCCCCCACCCGGCCUUCAGGAUGGACGACUCCUACUGCCUGUCGGCCCUGCGGUCCCCCUUCUACCCCAUCCCCACCCCCGGCUCCCUGCCCCCACUGCAUCCAUCAGCUAUGCAUCUCCACCUCUCUGGGGUCCGCUACCCGCCCGAGCUCUCGCACUCGUCCCUGGCAGCGCUGCACUCGGAGCGGAUGUCCAGCCUCAGUGCCGAGAGGAUGCAGAUGGACGAGGAGCUGAGGCGGGAGCGCGAGCGCGAGCGCGAGCGGGAGGCUGACCGCGAGCGCGAGAAGGAGCGCGAGCGUGAGCGUGAGAAGGAGCGCGAGCGUGAGAAGGAGCUGGAGCGUGAGCGGGAGCUGGAGCGUCAGCGGGAGCAGCGGGCCCGCGAGAAGGAGCUGCUGGCCGUCAAGGCGCUGGAGCCGGCCUUCCUGCCCGUGGGCGAGCUGCACGGGCUACGGAGCCACGCCGCUGAGGAGCGGGGCAAGGCCUCGGAGCAGCUGACCCCAACCCGAGCAGAGAAGCUGAAGGACGCGGGCCUGCAGGCGCCCAAGCCCGUGCAGCACCCCCUGCACCCGGCGGCCGCCCCGCACCACCCCGUGCCCGGCCUCCUCUCCACCCACGGCCUCUUCUCUCUGCCGGGCAGCAGUGCGGCCACGGCCCUGCUCCUCCAGCGCACCAACGAGGAGGAGAAGUGGCUGGCGCGGCAGCGGCGGCUGCGGCAGGAGAAGGAGGACCGCCAGUCGCAGGUGUCUGAGUUCCGGCAGCAGGUGCUGGAGCAGCACCUGGACCUGGGCCGGCCGCCGGCGCCCGCAGACGCGGAGCACAGGCCUGAGAGUGCCAGGCCGGGACCAAACCGUCACGAGCCGGGAGGCCGCGACCCCCCGCAGCACUUUGGCGGCCCCCCGCCCCUCAUCUCACCCAAGCCCCAGCACCACUCGGUGCCCACGGCCCUCUGGAACCCGGUGUCCCUGAUGGACAGCACGCUGGAGACACGGCGCGCCCCCGAGGGCCACCCUCUGCACGGCCACCCUGCCCCGUUUGAGCCCAGCCGCCAGGCGGCCGUCCCGCUGGUGAAGGUGGAGAGGGUCUACUGCCCCGAGAAGGCGGAGGAGGGACCCCGGAAGCGAGAGGCCGCCCCCCUGGACAAGUACCAGCCGCCGGCCCGCGAGGCAGGGGGCCUGGAGCAGCAGGCCUUCCCCCCCGCGCCCGCGCACUUCCUGGCGGAGCUCGAGCCGUCCACCCAGACCGUCCUGGGCCAGCCCCGGGCCCCGCUCGCCCCGCCGGCCCCCUUCGGGGAGACCCCCGGGCCCCUGAAGCCGGGCUCGCCCUACCGGCCCCCGGCGCCCCGGGGCCCCGACCCCACCUAUGUCUACGACGAGUUCUUGCAGCAGCGACGGAGGCUGGUCAGCAAGCUGGACCUGGAGGAGCGCCGGCGGCGGGAGGCCCAGGAGAAAGGAUACUACUAUGACCUGGACGACUCCUACGACGAGAGUGAUGAGGAGGAGGUUAGGGCUCACCUCCGCUGCGUGGCCGAGCAGCCGCCCCUCAAAUUGGACACGUCCUCCGAGAAGCUAGAGUUUUUGCAACUUUUUGGCUUGACCACCCAACAGCAGAAGGAGGAAUUGCUGACCCAGAAGCGGAGGAAGCGGCGGCGGAUGCUGAGAGAAAGAAGCCCGUCGCCCCCGAUGGUUCAGAGCAAGCGGCAGACGCCUUCACCGAGACUGGCGCUGUCCACCCGCUACAGCCCCGACGAGAUGAACAGCAGCCCCAACUUCGAGGAGAAGAGGAAGUUCCUGACCAUCUUCAACCUGACCCACGUCAGCACUGAGAAGAGGAAAGACAAAGAGAGGCUUGUUGAGCUGCUCCAGGCCAUGAAGCAGAGGGCGCUGUCAGCAGCGGUGGCAGACCCGCUCAGGAACUCUCCGAGGGACAGUCCUGCUGGGUCCCUGAGCGAACCAGCCACGCAGCAAGCCUCUCUGGAUACGGAGAAGCCUGUGGGUAUCACUGCUUCCUUGUCUGACACCCAGAAGGCCACGGAGCCUGGGAGACUGGAACAGCUCCGGCCCCAGGAGCGAGUCCCAGAGCCAGCCCCCGCCAGCGGCGAGAAAGCCAGGCCGAGCGAGACCCCUGGGGGCAGGAAGAGCCUGAGCAUGCUCCACUACAUCCGGGGCCCCGCGCCCAAGGACAUCCCCGUGCCGCUGUCCCACGGCAUCAACGGGAAGAGCAAGCCGUGGGAGCCCUUCGUGGCGGAAGAGUUCGCGCAUCAGUUCCACGAGUCCGUCCUGCAGUCCACCCAGAAAGCCCUGCAGAAGCACAGAGGAAGCGCAGCUGUGCUGUGUGCAGAGCAGAACCACAGCAUCGACACCUCUGUCCACUACAACAUCCCCGAGCUGCGGUCCUCCAGCCGGCUGCCUCUGCCCCAGCGUGACGGGCAGCAGGAGCCUCCCGCCGGGAGGAAGGGCCCCCUGGCACAGGAGGUGGACCCGGACUCAGAGGAGGAGGAGGACGACGACGGAGAGGACGACGACGAGGACCCCCCGAAGCGCAAGUGGCACGGGAUCGAGGCCAUCUUUGAAGCUUACCAGGAACACGUAGAAGAGCAAAAUCUAGAGCGGCAGGUGUUACAGACACAGUGCAGGCGGCUGGAGGCCCAGCACUACAGCCUCAGUCUCACGGCCGAGCAGCUCUCCCACAGCAUGGCGGAGUUGAGGAGCCAGAAACAGAAGAUCGUUUCAGAAAGGGAGCGACUCCAGGCAGAACUGGAUCACUUACGGAAGUGCCUUGCGUUGCCUGCAAUGCAUUGGCCUAGAGGUUACUUUAAGGGAUAUCCUAGGUGACGGUUUCCCUUGCACUAGGCCGAACCUAUAGUAUAGAAAUAUUAUCUAUUUUAUUACCUUGAAUAUUUAAUAUUUUUCACUGGGAGGUCUGAAGCUUAAAGAAAUGAGAAUGUGCCACAUGCAUGAAGCAAAGGAUUCCAGGCUCCAGAAGAAAGAACGAACUCGCCUUGACUUCAAUGCAAUUGAAUCGCCUUUGUAAUUCAGCGAGCAACCCCUGUAGAACACCCAGUUUUUUCUUUUUAAAGGCAGUUUUAUUCUUUCCCCACGUCAUGAUUUUUUAAUCUGAAGAUGAAAGGCUCCAUUACCAACACUAAAAUCCAAUCGUUUCUAGCCCCUGGGUGUGUAGGACUGGACCGGACCGUCGGUGUUCUGUCUUGGUUGCCAUGUGACUAGGCCUCGAGAACCCAGGUGGUUCUGGCUGCAGGGGGUGGUGGCCGGUCUCAGUCCUCCCCGGGACUGAGACCUACCUUCAGUGGAAGGGAGGUGGGGUGCAUUUUUAAGUAAAGGGCUUAUUUCAGUUACUUUUUCUGCAAAAUUUUCUUCAAAGCAACAGGUCCUAGGAGCACACAAAGCAGCCGUGCUGAAGCCUUACCCAAAGGCUUUUCCCCAGAAAAGCUCUUACCUUACCUAAAGAUAAAAAGCGAAUCAACAAACUGAAGGUACCUUUCUAUUACUUCACGGGGGAAAAUGUACAGAGCUCUGUGUACACAUUUAUUCACACCCACCAGAUUGUUACUGCGGUAGGGGUGUUUUCAUACAAACGUAAAUUUUUGAGAGGAAAGUCAAAGGUGCUUCAGCCUUGUACUGUGUAUAUAUAUUAAAAAACAAAGUUUUGUAUGUUUUUAUUACUUUAAUUAUUGUUAUAAAAAAGCCUGCCAUUUUUAAUAUGUGGUUUGGAGGGAUUUUUGUUGUUUGUUUUCUUGUUUGGGGGUUUUGUUUGUUUUUGUUUUGUUUUUCUGGGCAAAAAAAAAAAUCCUUGCUUUUUAGUGUUUGUACUGCUGCUGGUCAGGACGUUAAGAUAUUGAAGUGUUUUUAAAAAAAUUAAAGAAGAAGAAAAGUAAAGAGCUUACCACUGGCGCCUAUGCGAUCACUUCAUUUUUGAGUUGCACCAGAGUGAUGAUGUAGAAAGCCAUGGUUACGCCUCACUUCCUCUUGCGCCCCGCCCCUGCUCCGGACAGCAGCCAGUUCACCACAGCCCAUGCUACGAAGCGAGGAGGGGCGGGCUCCAGUGGGAGCCAGGUGGACGCUGUGUGUGCACCUUCACGCACGCAGGCGCACAUGGGCUUCGUUAAGAGCCUUUGAGGAAGGGAGCGGCUGCUGGGACAGGAUGCUGAGGUGUCUUACGGCAGUCUGCGCAGGUGCAAAGUAGAAACUGUAUAGGGUUUAUUUAUUUAGAUGCAAAGCUUUGUACCAGCCUGAAAGUAGGGUGAACAAUGUCUGCGCAGAACUUCUCUUCUUGGACUGACUUACUGUGCCAACCACAGGAGCGGCUAGGAACGGGGAUGAGGCAGGUUCAGGCGUGAAAUCUAGAUCAGGAAGGCAUCUCUUGCCCAAGUGGGCCUGAACCAGAGGCCGAAGCAGCCAGUGGUGGUUGGUCUGCCCGGGGGGAGGGGGGAGGGGGAGGGGACCCGAGCAUCGCGCCCCGUGCCGGGGAAGGGCUGGCUGACCUUCAGGAAGUGGCCACGCCCUCGGCCCCAGACCUCAGCUGCGCGGAACAGCUUGCUGGCAGAUGGCGUUGUGUCACUUUAUCUGUUCCCACACAGUUUGCUCUGUAUAUCUGCCAAGAAUCUUCCAGUUAUUAGCAAACUCAGACGAAAAGUGCCGCCAGUGUUAGCAGCAGUCAGCAAGUGCUUUUCUCUCUACAGAAACGACUUGACGAGAACUAAGGGCUCUUCCGGGGCCUCCUCCCCUGCAAAGACACAGAGCGCCAUGUGCCACAGGUGGCGACAGGUGUUUAGAGGGAGCCCCACUGCCAACGAUCAGGGCAAAACGUCACUGAAUUUCUCUACCUAAAAUCUGCUUGCUGGCUCUGAAGGCCUAAGGGUUACUACAUCUUAACGCUUCCCCCCAGUCCUCCUAACUCCGUAGUAGAAAAUGUCUGGAUGCCUUUGCUCCUCGGCUCUGGUAGGGGUCCUGGCCAAAAAGCAAAGGGAUGAGUAGAUCUGACAACGUGCACAGCCCCAUCCUGUUACCACCUGAGGGGAGCGCCUGUGUCUGCGGCUGUUUUGCUUUUGGGGAGGAGGACGCGGCACACAGGUUAAAGGGACGCCUGCCCAGGGGUGCAGCUGUGUCACUGAGCUAGAACUGCCUGCCUCCCCCCUGCCCCGCCUCUGAGCUGCUCCAUCACUCUGCUUCCCCAUACUCCCACUGACCUGUGAGGGUCUCUGGAUAUUCUAAGGCUCAAGAAGUAAUAGGACAAUCAGAAUAUAAAUACAAACCCGUAAGGCAACAUGAAUAAACUAAGAAAAAGGAAACAAAGUGUCUUUCGAAAACAAAAGAUUGGGUACUAUGUCUCUGCACCACUGAGACAUAGUACCCAAUCUUGGGGGUUUUUUUGUUCCAUUUAGUAAUUAGGUUUAUAAUCUGAAAACACUUAUUCUGAAAGAGCAUGGUAGCAUCAGAGCCUCUUUUCAGUUUGGGCUUAAAAACUGACAGAGAAAUAUGGAAUCCCUGAAGCUUUCUGUUCAGCUGUUUCACACUGAGUUUGAAAGACAAAGUUCAGAAGUGCACCACAUUUGCUCUAGAACUGAUCAUGCAACUUCUGUGUCAGUACUUUUGUGAACAGUCCUGCACGACCUGUGUCUUCCCACGGCACCUGGGAGAGACGGCUGCCGUCUACCCUCUAAAGGGGGUUUCGCUAAACCUGUGCAGGAUGGGAUCCCUUCCAAAAGUGAGUCGUGUGGUUCUGCAUUUAAUCAGAUCAUUAGCAACAACCCAGAGCUUUCCACCUAGAAACAAGCCAAACUGAUGUGAACUAUCGUAAUCUUAAUCCAUUAUCUCAGAUAAGUGACCAAGAUAGGCUCUUCAACAGUGUAGUCUAUAUUCUAAAGGAAACAAAACACUUAAUUGGCAUUAACAUGCUCAUAGAUUAUACACCCUCAGGGAAACUCAAAGAAUAUUAAAAGGAGCCGACACCUUCAGCAAAGUAGCGACGCAUUAAAGUAUUCCAACAGGAAGUUUUAAGUUUGUACGUGGGAUGGUGUUUCGUCAAGUAGCUCACAAUGCUGUCACAUCUCCAACAUUAGAUUGCAUACCCCCCUUCCCUCUGGGCCACGGCUUAAAGUGUAGCAAGUUCCAGGGACCUGCCACCAGAUGGAGAUGGUCAGCACCGCGAUGCCGUUCAUCGUACAGCGUGGAUUGGCCACUUCGCAGCAGCCCUGUCCUCUUCCAAGUAACCACACUAUCAGCUUUACUACUUGCAGUAGCCUGUCCCCAACCUUCUGAUCCAGCGCUUAACCUUAACUCCUUAACUCUACCUUGACCCGAGGAAGACCAUGCUAAUCAAUCAGUCGUGUUACUCUGUAUGUACCUAUGCUUAACUGCUAGAACAGUCAACCAGUACAUGGAAGGAGGAGGAACAGUGCCUCGGUCACUCUGGGGGGCAGUUUAGAUGCUGUGAAAUUAAACCUGUUCUAAGUGUACUUGUUUGAAUUAACUGUAUUGUAAUAUUAUUUGUUGAAUGUAGUAAUUAGGUAUUUAUGAAUAUAUUGCUGUAAUUUCUGACAACAUCCAAAAAAUAAAAUCUUCCUAAAUCAUCU